UUCGUCCACCUUUCUCUUUAAUCUUUCCGCCUUCUCGUCGAUUCCAAUCCUCGAACAAUACUCCCCAUUUGCGCCAUGCUACCGGGCUUGUUCUUGCGCCCGGCGACCACGAACCAAGAACACGCGCGUCGCUGAAAACCGAUACCUUCCUUGGAUUCCAAUUCCCCGAGCGUGCGCGCGAGUUUUCCCUGCCCCAGAACUACUCUUUGCAGCGCCGUGCCUGUCCCAACGAUCCAUGGAGUCGUGCCAAUUAGUAGCGAGCUCUAGUAGGAUGGAGGCGGAGGAGGAAGCCUUCUUUGACACGCGUGAGGAGUUGCUGGCGUCGCCGGCGCGCAGCCCGGCCCCGGCAUUGCCGUGGUCAGGUCGCCUCGACAGUGUGCAGGAGAGGAAGGAGCGGUUCUUGAGAAGCAUGGGUCUGGAGUGCAGCCCGAGCCCCAGGCAGGCGGAUCCUGUGUGCACUGCGGGAGAUGUCGAGAAGGAGGAGGAGCGGGGGAUCGUGCCGGAGAUUGGGAGAUUGUCGUCCCAGUCAGAAGAGAACGACUGCUCCAUGUCGAGUUGGUCGACGGAGGAGACGACGAGCUGCGAGGACGGCGUGUCGGAUGACAAUUCCGUCAGUGGAUCCAGCAAGGAUGAUGGCUGCAAGGUGGGCAGGAGUUUCAGUUCAUUGUCCUUCAUCCGGAGGCUUAUGAGUCGAAAUGGUAAGCGUUCUGCUGCUCCCACGACAGUGGAGAGGAGGAGGAAUGGAUGGUUUGAGAGGCUGGGUGUAGCGGCUUGUGUUGUGGAUUAUGGAGAUGAUGAAGCUAGCACCAGCACCUCCGACAGCGAGCAGAUUCGGGGCGGAAGGUAUGAGAGAAUUAAAGUCCGUUCAUACCGGAAGCGGUCGAAGGAAUUGUCUGCACUGUAUCAAGGCCAAGUGAUCAAGGCACAUGAUGGUGCUAUCCUGACGAUGAAGUUCAGUCCUGACGGGCAGUUUCUUGCGACCGGCGGCGAAGAUGGAGUUAUCAGGAUUUGGGGUGUUUCACAGUCUGAUGACUGUAAAAUUCCUCUGGAUGAUCCCUCUUGUAUCUACCUCAAAGCACGGCGCAAGUAUGGGUUGGCGCCAGUGAAUAUUGACAACGAGAAGAGAUCGAAAGUCAAGGGCAUGAAGAAAACUGGAGAGUCUGCCUGCAUUGUGAUUCCAACAAUGGUUUUCCAGAUCUCUGAGGAACCAUUGCAUGAGUUCCAUGGGCACGCCGGUGAUGUACUGGACCUGUCAUGGUCAAACAACAAGCAUCUACUGUCGGCUUCAACAGACAAAACUGUUUGCUUGUGGAAAAUUGGAUCUGCAAACUGCCUCAGAGUUUUCCGGCAUGGCAACUUUGUGACUUGUGUCCAAUUUAAUCCAACUAAUGACAAUUGCUUCAUCACUGGGUCCAUUGAUGGCAAAGUUCGUGUAUGGGACAUUUCAAGAUGCAGUGUUGUGGAUUGGGUUGAUGUUAGAGACAUAGUUACAGCAGUUUGUUACAGACCUGAUGGAAAGGGAGCAGUGGUUGGAACGAUUACUGGACAUUGUCGUUUUUAUCAUGCAUCAGACAACCUACUGCGGUUGGAAACUCAGAUUGCACUCCAUGGCAAGAAGAAAUCUUCCUUCAAGAGAAUCACAAGUUUUCAGUUCUGUCCAAGCAACCCAAGUAAACUAAUGGUAACAUCUGCUGACUCAAAGAUCAGAAUACUGGAUGGAACCAAUGUGAUUCAGAAUUACAGUGGACUCCGAAGUGGUUCUUGCCAGUUGUCGGCAUCAUUCACUCCAGACGGGGAGCAUAUAAUUUCUGCUAGUGAAGACUCCAACAUUUAUGUUUGGAACCGUGACAGCCAAGAUGAAUCUGCAUGGCGACAAGCAAAAAUCACAUACUCCUCAGAGCGUUUCCAAUCCAACAAUGCAGCCAUUGCAAUACCAUGGAAUGGUACGAAACCAAGAAGCCACGUUUCUUUGGCCUGUAAAAGUUUACCAUCACAAGGAGGUAGUUUCUGGAGCUUGGGUAAGGCUGUCAAGCACAGUUCAAGUUGCCGCGGAGACUAUUCUUCCACUAACAGUCUCACGUCGAGAUCUGCUGCUCCUGGUAUUUUGAAUCUGAACCAGGAGUUGUUCACCGAGCCCCCUUGCAAAGGUGCGACAGCAACUUGGCCGGAGGAAAUGCUGCCGUCUUGCUCGAUCGGUGCAAAUUUGGACGAGUCACAGUACAAGCUCCUGAGGAACUGUUCCCAGAGCACAUCAAACUCCUGGGGCCGAGUGAUGGUAACCGCGGGAUGGGACGGCAGGAUUAGGUCGUUCCAGAAUUAUGGCCUGCCGGUACACACCAGUGACUUGUUCGAGAGCAUUUGGUGAAAGUAAACAGCAGCGUUGGCACCUCACAUGGCCUUUCCUCAGGGAAAGCACCCGUGCACCCAGCUAUGCUGGUCCAGUGUGUGGUUUCUCGGUACAAGACAUCACAUGCUUGGUGCUCCUGUUGAAUUGUGGAUGGACCAUUGUUGUACAUAAUCAACCCGGUGGUCCUCUGAGAUCUCUACAUCAGCGGUUGUUGUUCGUGGCAGGCCCGGUAGCUUGUACCCUUUUUUGUAGAAAUCUUUUAGUCUAGAUCAGAUUUGUUCUUUGGCUCCCCAUUUCAAUUGCUCUUUGAUAUGCCACAGAAAUGUUAGCCUAAGUGAGUGUAAAUCUCCUCCCAUUGAAUGUGUGGGAGCUUGAUGGAACUGUCAGAUAUAUUUGUUCCAUCCGAAUAUACGAAAAUUCGUUCAUUGUUCGAAA